GGGAGACCGGAUAUAGUGAAUGCGGGGUCCGGGGAGACCAGAUAUAGUGAAUGCAGGGUCCGGGGAGACCAGAUAUAGUGAAUGCAGGGUCCGGGGAGAGCGGAUAUAGUGAAUGUUGGGUCCGGAAAGACCAGAUAUAGUGAAUGCGGGGUCCGGGGAGACCAGAUAUAGUGAAUGCCGGGUCCGGGGAGAGCAGAUAUAGUGAAUGCAGGGUCCGGGGAGACCAGAUAUAGUGAAUGCCGGGUCCGGGGAGACCAGAUAUAGUGAAUGCAGGGUCCUGGGAGACCAGAUAUAGUGAAUGCAGGGUCCGGGGAGACCAGAUAUAGUGAAUGCAGGGUCUGGGGUUUAGUAACACUUUAUUGCAUACUCUGCAUUAAGAGUGGAUAUAGUGAAUGCAGGGUCCAGGGAGAGUGGAUAUAUAGUGAAUGCAGGGUCCAGGGAGAG